GAUAACAGAAUAUGCAACCUCCUGAUGGGGCUUGCCUCAGUGAGCCAGAAAGGAAGCAUGAUUCUCUUCCUAUGGAUGAUUUUAAUAAGGACGACAUCAAUACCUUGCAGCCGCCAUAUACAAAGAUCCAAUCAGUUUCAGGCGAUGAACAAAAUCAAACCCAAAAUGAUGAUGAAGCAGGAUCCCGCUGGGAGCAAGCAGAAGAACGCUUUCUGGAGCUCUUUUUUGGAAAAGAGCGUGGUUUGGGUAAAGGGAGGUUUGACUAUCCCCAAAGAUCAUCAAAAGUCUCGUUUGACCUGACGUCCAAUGUCCACUAUGGACCUCCUAUCCAUCUCAUUGACGAAUCCGAUGAUUUGACAUCGGAUUGCUUUGCGACUCCUUCCUCAUCAAAUCGGAUCAUUCGCCCACGUACCGCUGAUCUAUCUCAGGAACAGAAAACAAGAUUAAACGCAUUUCGAGAACUGGAUGAGCUGGUUUUUCUCAGACCGCCCUCUGCAGCCACGGGUCGCCGAUUGGGUUCCGCAUCAGCGGAAUCUGUUCUCCAUGGCGACAGGGGCCGAAGAAUUAUCUCUGCUCGUCGAGCUACAAUGAUGGGCGGCGAACCUCUUGAUGAUCUCUUCUUGCCAAGAAAGAGCCGGCCUCUCUCCAGAGAGACAAAAUCCUUGUUCUUUAAAGUAAUAGCGGAUAUCUUUCGGACUGCAUGGACUGCACCAUCGGUAGUUCCGGAUCCAGCAACUGUACAGCAUUCAGACAGGCAUCUGGCACCUGCCGCAGACCAUGCUCUGGUCCCCAUCGGUACUACUGGUGGCACGGCGGGCCCGAAAGUAUACGUUCGCCUACCACCUCAGCUUGGGCUCCAUCGCAUUCCAUCUUACUACUUUGAUGAAGAGGAUGGGCAUGUCAUGGUCAGUCAUAUUGCGAAACAAUACCCGCUGCCUAAACUUGGACGAUUUUCUAAACGGCUGACUCCGUCGCCAUCUAGAAUAGAGGCAAGAAUGGAAGGGUAUCGAGGUGUCAGUAUGCCAAAAAUGAGAGGGGAAGAGAGGGAGGAGGAGCACAUCAACGAUGGUAGACCUACUCCUGCAGAUGUAAUACAAUGGCUGGGCGACGAAGUGCCUCACAUACCUUCGAUUCUGUUGACAGAACAGAAGGAUAUCGACCGGCAUUAUACAUCACUCCCCGACCGCCCCAUUUCUAGGCCUGGGAGACGUCUUGGACACACGUUCCCAAUAGAUUUCUUUAUGGACCACGAAGACGCUCAGCAGCAACUAGUUGAUCCUCUCUCGACCCAAUUGGACAAAGCCGGUGUCCGCACCAAGGGCCGAGCUCCAGGUAUUCAAGCUCCAAGUGGCCCUGAUACGCCCGACCCUGCAUUGGCGCCUGCCAUUGCCUGGCAUCCAUGUACUGUCCUCUCCUAUGAUCCGACUGACAACAGAUAUACUAUCAAAUGGGAAGAACCCCUUCCAGAACGCCGCAAUCCGCCAACGCAACUUACUCGUGCCGACAUCCUGCUACCUCACGAAACGCCAAAUGCCCACCAUCAGAAACUUUUACAUGCCCAUGCCAUCCGUGUUGAGUUUGAAUAUCGUCUUGCGCUUCGCCAAUGUGUUGCAAUCGCACGGCCCUUUCUGAAAGAUUAUAUAGCCAAUGCGCCAGUGAGGGCGUCUGAGCGAUUACUAGCUGAUGAGCUAAGGAAGAGAAGGAAAGAAAGAAGACAGUGGACCAAGUUCAUAUGUGGUACUACCAUUGGCAAGGGGGAUCACGCCGGGGAGACCGAAGAAGAGGAAGAUGAAUCUCUUACAUUUGCACCGGAGGUUCUCAUUAAUCUUAGGGCCGAAAUUCAGAAUGAUUACACAAGAUCUCAGAUCGAAGCUGCCCUUCUUUGUAGCGGUCACUUGCAAAGGUUCCUUCCUCAGCCCCUCACUAUUCCAACACUCUCAGAAUUACACUGGCAAGAUGAGCGGAUCCGCGUCACGUCCUCCGUGAAAGGUCAAGUAGCACGUUUAGCAGCACUGCUAUAUCCGCGCAUUGAGUUUUAUCGGCAGAAAUGCACCGAUGCCGUGUUCUGCUUGCGAAACGAGUGUCAGAGAUUAUUGAAGGAUGGUAUUAGUGAUGUCCUGCGACGUGGAGAAAUCCCGUACGAUUCUGAGGAUCUCAACACGAGGUGUAUCUUCUUUACCCCCAAAGAAUUUGUUGAAGCAUGCGCACACAUACAUGGGGAAUUCGUACAAACUGUUUCGGAGCACAUUGGUAAUGUACUAUCAGCAGCGGUAACUACGGCUUUUCGAGCGCAUCAGGUAGAACCCAGGGACUCAGCGGAAACGAUGUUAUCAACUAUGGAGGCACAAGAUGCUGAGACUGCCCGCUCCCUUCUCAAAUUCUUUGUCGCUGUCAUCGCAAAAUCGACCAUUAUGCCCAUCUUCCGAACAAAGAUAACCGAUAUAUAUAAGUCGUUCCAUCAAGGGGCCAUACGCAUCCGAGUUGACCUCAUCUUUGACUGGAACGCCGACUAUAGUAUUACUUUCAGCACUGACUUUGAAUCGUGGAAAUCUGCUCUCAACAAAUCAUUGUCCUGCAUGCUCACCCCAAUUUCAUGCAAAUUCCCUACUGGGCCGUACAUACCGACGCCCGAGGACCACGUAUUCUUGAAGGAGCUUUGCUCUGAAAUGAUUGACGAAGGGAUUGACUCAUGUCGUGAUUUCGUGAACUGGCUGUCGGCUGCAAUACUGCCGCGAGUUCGUUCGGCCUCGCAUGUGUCAGUGCUAGAUGUUGAUAUCGCCAACCCGGCCGAAAAUAUCUUAAAUAAGUGCGAUGCCCAAUUGCGGGACAUAUCCAUUGUUGAGAAACACUGUGCUGGUCUUGCAAAGGUAACUCCGCGUGGGAUGUUUGCUGUAUUCAGUGAAAACUUCCAGAGCGAGAUCAAGGAAUGGGUUUCGAAGACCCGACGAAGGAUUUUCACCAAUCUGGAAGGACUCUUGGACCGUAAAGUACAGGAAAUCCAUGAUGUGUACACGACGUAUACCACGCACCCACCCCCCGGCAACUUUGAUCAAACAAAAUCUGCGUCCGUAUCUCUGCAGUCUCUAGAUGCUGCUCUUCCUCUUCUGCAAGGCCAAACUAGCUUUGUAAAGUCACUCAAAUCGUUUCUGGACGAACGACAGUGGGCUGUAGAUGAUGAGUUGGUGACGCGCUUCUACGACGCCUACACCAUGUAUGACCGUUUGACCGAGUUUGCUGCAUUGAGAAAACAAGCAGUGAGUGAAGCCAUUGAACGACUGAGCGCCGUUGUGGAGAAGGAAAUGUGUAUGAUAGUUGAAUUGUGGGAUGAGGUGGAGGCUGCUUUGGAUAAGGUACUGACCACACCAAUCGGUGACGCUACAAGCAGCAGUGGUUCGGAUAACGAGGAACAGGAAGAAGAGGAGGAUAGGACGGAAGAUGACGAGCAUGAGGACGCCAGAGCACAGAAUCAUCCCACCACAAUUACGCUCAAGUCUCUCACACCUAUCUCCAAGCACAUAGUAAAUGCGCUUGAUAUCGCAGCCGUCAUCAUCCGCAAAGCUUCGUGUAUUGAUGAUACUCAACGACUGUCGCAACUGCAAAACCUACAUACAUCAAUGCACAUUCGUAGAGUUUUGGUCACAUGUUUACUGCAAUAUCGAGAAGAUCUUGACCGCUGGCGAUAUGAGCCAAUCUGUAAUAUUCAUGCAUCCGAGAUUCGGAAGCGCUGUGCGGAACUACUAGAAGUUUUUACACCAACGGGCAUUGCGCACCCACCUAUCGCGCAGCACGCUGCGAAAGAAAUAGCAGCAUUUCUUGAGACGGAAUACCCUAUUGUGGAAGUCCUUACUUAUGAUUCAUUCCGUAGUUGGCAUUGGGAUUCCGUUCGCAACGCUCUGGGCUUGGCCGAUUUUGACAUCACCACCACACCUCUUUCCCUUGUCACUAAAACCAUCGGACGGCGAAAUCUAGGGCUGACAUAUGAAGACCUCUUGGAAAUUCUCCAAGAAGCAGAGCAAGAACAGUCUCUCUCGAGCACGCUCUCUGAGAUACAAAACCGGUUUGCCCAGCUUUCCAUCCAGAUUAUGCGGGAUGAGGCAACGGGCCUGUCAGUUAUCAGCCGUUUUGAGAGGCUUAUCGGCGUUAUUGAAUCGGACUUGCUGUCGGUUGAGCUGCUGUUGGAAGGGUCAUCUGAGCCAGGAAUUGAACAUUACGUUGACCAAUUUACAGCGCUCCAAAACGACCUUCAAAGAGCUCUCAAAUCUCUUACUGAAUGGUCCAAAACUCAGCCACUUCUUCUCUCGACCCAUUCUUUCUUUAAUGCUACGGAGGUUCAGCUGGCGCUUCCAUUGGAAACCAAACGAUAUAGAGCCGUUGAAACUACUUACCGCGCCCUCCUAGCAAAGGCUGAGAAGAACUUGGGAAUGAAAGCAUUGGUGGACGCUGCGCCAGAUCUGGCCGAGGGAUUGACGGAGAUGAGGGGCGUUCUGGGAUCUCUGGUUGAGGAUGUUCAAGGGUGGUUAGAUGGAAAGCGGAUUGGGUUUCCGCGAUUGUUUUUUGGCGCUGAUGAGGAACUGCUGGAGCUGGUUAAGGUUAAGAGAGAACCCAAAGAGUUGAAUGGAUAUUUGUCAAAAUACUUUUAUUUUACCUCUCUUAUCCAUCAGUCCUCCGCCUCAGCAGCGCAGGACCACAAAAUAACCGGCAUUCGAUCCACCACAUCCGGGACAAGCGAAGCUCUGAUUUUUCGUAAUUUCAUCAGCACUUCCCAUCUGAGCAUCGAAGAAUUGCUUUCCAAGAUUGAGACGCAGAUUCAAUCCACUCUCAAGGAGAUAAUAUUCACCGUUUUAAGAAACAAAAAUAGCGACGAGGACGGUGAGGAUGUUCCUGAACAAAUUCGAGUUUUAGCCCACCAAGUACGACGGACGCUCGAGGUUGAAAAUAGUUUGGGCAUCAAAGGCGGAUUGGACACCCUAUUGUCGCAAACCUUGGACAAAAUCAGGAAGCUAACUACCCGAUCAGACAAGUUAGCCAAAAUUCUUCUGACCCUUACCCUAUCUCAUCGUGACUGGAUUCAAUGCCUUUUAAAUGCCCAACGCACAACGGAAAAUAUGAAAACGUCGCUGGAAUGGCUGAAUGCGCUCAAAUAUCACUACGACGAAGACGAAGUGACCGUGACUAUCUCUCAAGAUCUUUACCAUGCCUCGUACGGCUUCGAAUACAUUCCGCCCACUGCCCGUGUGGCUCUGGGUAUUUCGUCCAGAACAUUCACUAACCUCUGGCCUGGAUUAAUUUCCAAUCAUGGAAUCUUAUCGCACGGUCCACCUGAUACAGGGAAAACGACCCUUCUCCUCGAAUUUACGCAAAUUCUUGGUCGAUUUGCGGUCGUAUGCUGCUGUUCUCCGGCAGUCUCAAGUGCGGUCAUGCGGAGGCUGUUGACGGGGAUGGUCCUGACAGGAUGUUUUCUUGUCUUCCGGCAAUUGGACAGAUUAAGCCAGGAUUCUUUGGGCGUUUGCUUGGCGGGUCUAGAAGCGGUUAGGGAACUAACAGCUGCAUCCUCACGAAAGGAACUUUCUUCUGUAUCGUUUCUGGGAAGAGUGAUGAAAUUACCGCCGGUCGUGCAUGUAAGAUGUUUUGCAACGUCAGAGAAGAUGGACGAUGAUCUGUUUAGGGGUACGGUGCGGAAUCGGAUGGUACCGAUUGCAUUACGUUUACCUGGAGUUGAAAUUGUUACCGCCGUAUUGCUACGGAAUGCGGGGUUCAAGGAUGCAGAAAGCUGUGCCGCAAAAGUUGCCGCCUUCUGGCGGGGGUGCGAGGGGCUGGGCGUACGAAUGGGAUCCGUGAGAAGUGUAAUAUCUGUUUGCCGGUAUAUGGAGCGGAUGAGAGACAAUUUUGCUGAGCUCGAAGUUGUUGCGAAGUGUUUAUGGGAGUGGGGACUGCUGAAGGCGGUCGGAGAAGAAGUUGGUAUAUUGAGGGACGUUUUGGGAGCCGUUUUUGGAUCAACCUUCGAGGCCAUAUCCACAGGCCCCCCUUGCAAUAUCCGCAAUGAUAUCGUAACUCCCGACUGUGAUCCUUUGCAUAUGCAUCUGAAAAAUGCCAUCAGCGGUCUCCUCACUGCAACAUCCAUACCAGGCACCCACGUUCUCGUCCUUGGAGCGCCACAAACUGGUAAAACGACGACAAUCCGCGCAGCUUCUCGUUUCAAUUCCAUGCCAUUAUACACGAUCAAUCCAACUGCACUUUCCUCGGCUCUUCUCUUUGGAUCCCCAUCCCAAACGGGGUUCACAAAAGGUAUUUUAGAAGAUCUCGCUUCAAGCCCUAAUCCCGCGUGGAUUCAUCUCGACGGCCCGUACUCCUCCUCCUGGACCGAGGCGGUCGCCUCGUUGAUGCACCCAAGCGCACUGUGCUUAAGCACAGGGAAAAGGCUAAUGUUGUCCCAGAAUGUAACCCUCAUAUGGGAAGCCGAAGAUAUCCAUAACGUCUCAGCUGGAUUUAUUUCGCGAUUCAGUCUCGUGCAUGUGAAAACCAAGUGGACGUGGGAGGUCUGCGUUUCCGAAUGGAUAUACCAGAUACCGAAAGAUCCUAAGUUCUCGCCGCUCGCUACAGCGCUUCAAUGCACUUUAAAGGCUAUCUUUGGCAUCUAUAUGAAGGAAUUAGUAUCCUCUUUGGAUGAGAUUUGCCGUCUCCGGGGAAUGGAUCUUCAAUCAUCCGUUAGUAGUUUUCUGGGAAUCUUACAGUGUCUCUUAGGGGAAGCUUGUCUCGAGAAAGAUUGUCAAGCAGUAAUUGAAGACGCCUUCUGGUACGCUGUAGUGUGGUCAUUCGGGUUGGCCGUCGAUGUGGAGCAUCGGAAAGGAUUUGAAGCCACUAUAUAUAGACUGCUGGAAGACAACCAAUCUUCCAGUCAGCUCUGGGCCGUACUCCAUAGUCAUCACGAAGGUCCCAGUCUGUUCCUGCUGGUGUUCAACACUGUCACUGGAUCAUGGACACCAUCGCCCACACAUAGUGUCAUUUCCCACAUUAGGAACCUCGCCAGUACGCUCCUUCAGCACCACAAAAGCGUUCUGUUUACCGGUGGCCCGAGUGCCGGCAAAACCUUUGCUGCGGAACGCACUCUCGCCAACCUACCAGAGCAGAAGACUAUCAUUCAUACACACAUGCUCCAUCCAACAUCCACUCCAGAGGAAUUUCACGCUCAGUUGCAUAAAACCCUUGUAAGAGAUGAAGCAACCGCGGCGUACGUUCCCCCCAAUAAUAAAACGUUGACCCUUUUUGUUGACGAUUUACAUAUACCUAUGGCCGCGCGGCCUUCUUCACCAUCUCCGGUAGCUGAGUUUUGGCGCUCCUUUCCGGAUAUGGGUGGAUACUGGAGCAACGCUACAACUUUUAGAGCUGUAAGACGCAUCUCGAUCCUCGGAUGCUCUGAUUUGGAAGCCCCAACGCAUCGUCUUGCGCGUCAUUUUAUUGUGUUCAGGUUCCAUGAUGCGGAUGCGUACUGCGAAAUGCGAGGAUCGUUUCUGGAAUGUAUGCAUCAUCGUGGGAACAAAGUCGACAUGGUCAUUGAUGCAACCCUCCGGUGUCACCACUUGAUUAAAAUGAGAAUACUACGAUCAGGAAUAAGGAUUUUUGUGCCCUCAGAUGCAGCUAAAGUUCUAAGGGGCUUGAUGAAAAUUAGUGAGGAAGAGUGGAUGAGUAGCAAGUCGCUGAUGACUGCAUGGUGCUUUGAGGUUGACAGAGUCUAUUUGGAUCGAAUAAGCCCUAGCGACACCUCGAUAUACCACGAUAUCGUCGGUCGUGUCUGUCUGCAAUACUUUCACCAGACAGCACCGUCAUCCAGCUUGUCAUAUCUGUAUUCCGAUAUGACAACGAUGGCUGUGCGUCCCAAUGAACGCGACACAAACCGAUCUAUUUUUACGCUCGGCUUCUCACCAUCAAUAAGGCAGUCCACCGUAUCGCUCACCCAAGCAGCAUACAUGGAUCGAACAGCCUACCGCGGGGUCAGCGAGAAACUUAUUAAGGAAGCCAUAUCUAUAUUCACCACUCAGGGAGAUGCAAAAGGACUCGUAAAGAGAGACAUUACCUUGUAUCCUGGAGCUAUCGAUCAUUUCUGUAGGCUGGACAGGGUUUUGGGCGAUGAUCAAUAUCCAAGUGCGCUCCUAAUUGGGCAUUGUCUCCACGAUGUGCAAAAAGACCUCGCAAAACAAGCCUCUGCAAUGCGAGGAUAUCGAUUCCGAGAGUACAAUAUAAUCGGCCCAGUUGAUACUCCUACUUGGCGCCUCUUCAUUCGGAAGCAAAUCAUCGACGCCGCCAUUUCGCUCCAAAAAAUUGUUGUCGGAAUUUUUCUCCCGGCAGAAUGCGCGCUCAAUCCUACUUUUUUGGGGGAUCUGAAUGCUCUUCUUGAUCGCGGCAGAUCGGUCCAGUUAUGGACAUCGGGAGAGUACGACGAUAUGUUGAGCAAAAUUGCACAUCAGGCCAAGCAGACGGAGCGGGAUGAGAGAGGAAAGAUAUCGCGGGGAGCGGUUCUUGGGUUGGUAAAAGGGGAGAAUAGAAAAGCUUUGAGCGCGUUGGAUGUUGAGAGAGAACUUAACGAGAGAACAUUAACAAACUUGAAGAUAGUCGUAUGCGUGGAUAUGGCAAAUCUAAUGGUCCUGGAUCAGCUGGCCGAAUAUCCCAAAAUUAUCUCGAGCCUGACAAUCGAUAUCUACUAUGACUAUAAUGAAACAUCCCUACGAACGCUGGCACAAAACUAUUUCGCAGACUCAGGGCUCUUGGAGGCUGUUAAUGAUGAGUCCACCUCUGCCGAAUCCCUAAGCACAUGCACAGCGCAGAUGUUCCUCGCGGUAAUUCAUGCAAUCCAAUGCGGGUCACAUCCUUUCUUGAAAUCAAUGCCGAUCAAUGGCUACGAAAAAUUCCUUGAACACGUCUCAGAAUAUUAUAUGAAUACCAAAAACGAACUUAUUUCUCAGAAUCAGAAGUUCCGCCGGUGUUUGAAAAAAGUUGGUGACGCACGGGAAGUGGUGAAAACGAUUGUCGACAACACACGAAGCCAACUUCAGAAUCUCCCAGCAUUGCUGGAAUCGACAAUGGCACAACUAAAUGUGGUCACGAAGCAGCUUAAAGAAAAACAAAUGGAUGUAGAAAAAUUGCGAAAGGAACUAAAGAGCGACGAAGAAAGCAUAGACCGACAGUGGCGCCAAAAACAACAAGAUGCUGCGGAUGCGUGCCUAGCCGCUGCACGGCAGAAUUUGGAACAAAGCAUACGGCGCCUGCAGGCUCUUCGCAAGGAUGCUUUUGAGGAAUUGAAAGCUGAGACAGAUCCACCACCUCCUGUUCAGUUUCUUGCCAGCGCCAUCUGCAUUCUGUUCGAUAAGCCACAGUCGUGGACGGAAGCCCGAAAAGUCAUUGCAAGUCAUUCUUUUAUAUUCCGCAUCUCAUCUCUGACGGCCGAUACACUUCCGGAGGCGGUACUCGAUAAACUCAAGAAAAUCAUGGAGGAACCGACUUUCAGACCCGACCGGUGUGCGGUAGUCGGGAUUGCUGCACGCGAGCUAUGUGCAUGGAUUCAAACGCUCUAUUCUUCCUCUCGUGAGGUACGACGGAUCAAAGAAGAGCAAUCCCAGAGCCGGUUGAAUACUGCAAAACGUGUCGUAGGGUCAGCAAAUGCUCACAUUCGGCUAUCAAAAUCUCGCGAUAAGCUUAUAGAAUCUACCGGAGAAUGUGCCAACCUCCAACGGCAAUAUUCCAUUCUUGCUAGCACUAAACGUGAGCUGGUUGGUCGCAUUGCUCUCCUUCACGAAAUCUUCUCUCCAACUAGCAUCUUCGAUGCUCACGAGCCCGGACAUGCUGAUCACAUCUCGGAAAGUCAAUGGAUGCAGCAAGCGUUCCACUGCGAGGAUGAUACUCCUGUCUUUGAAAAUCCUAAGGUCGCCGCUGCUCACAGUGAUUAUCAGGCGGCGCUAUAUGAACUUAAAACUUUAAGAGAAAGAUUGGCGUCGGAUGUUGAAGAAGGACAAAAGCAAUUGAAAGCGAUUCGCGAUCUGUUCGAGUCUCUCAAGAUGGAAGAUAUUGAAGAAUUACUGGAACCUGCGGACAAUCCCUACGUGUUGCAAGCGAGAGCCUCGUUGCUGGAUUUAUUGCAGCUACCAGCGCACUCGACACCAACUGUAGUUUACGACAAGCUACGAUCUUGUAGCAUUGAAACGCUACCGGUUCCAAUGAAGCAGCCAACAAAUGCCUUUGGUUACCAUCGUCCAGUUCUAUACGAUAAAAACGUGGCAGCUUCCACUGCAAUUACGCCUUUUGUUGCCUCACGUGCCGCAAUAACGGUGUCUAACAUACUUCCUGCAAUCCGCUCCUUCAAAGCAAAGCAUCAACGGAUAAUGAUUUCGCUUCGUGAAGCCGAAGAAGUUGUGAAGCAGAAAAAGGCGGUGUUUGACGAGAAAUGGUCUGCAGCAUACGCGGGAAGAGCAGAGUUUUGGUCAUUUGAAGUCAUUGUGAACACCAUUAAGGAUAUUCGUCGACGGCUGGAAAUUGCGGAUCUCACCCUAAUGAAGCUCCAUCUUACAGCCUCUAACCCAAACCCGUUGCUGACGAAAAUUAUCAAAGUUGGUUGCGCACUCGUAGGAUGGAAUGCGGACUUCUCCCUACUUUCGAAGUGGGUGAUGCGGAAUCCCACGUUGUUCUUGCGAGAAAUCGCAAAUGUCAAAAUCGGCGACCUGAGGGUGAAGGACUUGAUACAAAGCGGCUUAGAGGGAGAAAACCUUAUAUGCUUGCGUGCAAUAGCUGUACGUCAGGUUAAUCGCCUAUACGUGGAUAUAGUAGGGGAGCUUCCGUGCCAGCUGGGAUUGAAGGUGCUUUCGUUCAUCGACUGCAAAACCCUUGCUCGUGGAUCCUCUGUCAACCGAAAGUGGGCGGAUUUAUUGGCAGAUGAAGAGUUUUGGAAAUGGAUGUCGUAUCGCCGCGGAUGGGGAGUCACAUUUGUUUAUCCUAAAGACAUGGAUUGGAAAGUGUUCUAUUUCACUUUGGCAAACCAAAUCGAAAAGCGAAUAAACCUGAUCGAGUCUUCCGUGAAAACGAAUAUGGGGGGACUUCUUGGAAUCAAGGCCUAUGCUAAGUUGACCGCUUUUCUGAAACGAUUGCCAGAAUAUGUACAACUAAGUCGAAACGGAAGGCAAUCCGCGAAUCAAUGGGACAACGUCAUUCAGCUGGAAGUCACCAAUGAUGUGUUUAUUGCCGCAGAAAGGGCGUUCUCCGAAUACCUCGCAGAGUACGGAACCUCCGGCGCGGAUGUGGUCCUACCAGUAAAACAGGCUGGUGCAAAGCAUUCACCUCUUCGGCAUCGCAAAGCAUUUAUUGCCUUGCGAGCGGCGACAGGUUUGGUCUUUCCCUCUAAAGAGGUUCAUGAGUUGAUUAUGAUUCGCGCUCGUAAGGCUGGUCUCCUACAUCCGACAAUAGAACGAUUUCGGAAGCAACCGAGCCAAUUGCGAGGGGUAGCUCUUAUUACUGUAGAUGUCAAUAUUCCUGGUACUGUACGAGAACCCUUGCAUCUGUGGGACCCCCCAGUCACCGAACGUUCAAGGGCUUCUGAAUCCAUCUUCACGCUUCUUGCCGAGAUGUUCCAAGCCACCUGUGCCUUCCAUGAUGGCAAAAAAACAGGAAAGUAUUUGCAGUUCCAAGAUCGCUUCAUCAAGUCUUUGCAACAGCUGUCAAAGAAAAUCCAAAGCCGUAUUGAUGCUCUCGGCAGCCGUAAAGAAUUGUUACUGGCAAAUACGCUCAUGCGCAGUGGGCUUCUUGCCUAUUUCGGCCCGUUAUCGGAUGAAAAAAGGGUUGAGCUCGAGGACGUAUGGCGACAUCUCAUCAAGCGACAUAUCAAUGGGCAUGCUGCCAAUAUUCCCCUAACGAAAGAUACAAGAAUGCCAGCCAAUUCAGCUCUCUUUAAAGUCAAGAUUGUUCGACAAAAUCUGACCUUGAUGCAUGCAACAAAACGUGACAAAUGGCUUAUCGACCCGAAUGGUUUAGCCAAACUGAUACUGGAGCAGUAUGGAUACCUAACAUCUGAAGGAAGCGAACCGGAUCGUUUGGACGCACGACGCCCGGAUUUUGUAGAACAGCUAAACAGGCUAAAGGGAAGCUGGAAGCCAAUUUGGAUAGAAGGCCUUACUAGCAAGGAGUUGGGCAGAGAGAUUUUGAAAUUUCAGCAGGAGAGGCUGAAGGAGUUACGAACGAGCAUUACCCAACGAUCUCCGCUGGUCGUAUUUGCAGAUGCUGGCGUGGCAAAUGAACCAAUGCUCGAUAAAUUUCAGGUCGUAAAUUUUACGCACUGUGGGACGACCCUCCAAAGCCUACUCUUUGACUUUAUCAUGAGCAAUGCCACACCAAGCUUCAGUCAGCAGCGGAAAAGCAUGCAGGCGAAGCUAUCCUCCAAGAAGCACACGAGCGAAAGUUCUUUCGACGCAUGCAUAACCAUGAUGGAAACCUGCAGUAUUACCGACAGCGAGGAUCUCAUGCACGAUAUCAUUUUAUUUCAACGUGAAGGUUAUCUUGUUGAAUCGAUGACCGAGGCAUACAAAGCAUUCAAGUCAGAUAUUUUGCCCCAGUAUAAACCAUUCAUGAGCCUGGCCACAUUCGGGUGUGAGCUCCAUACUGCGUUCAAGCGUAUAAAGCUACUCAAUAGUUUGUAUGCCACCGAUGACCAGGUCUUCACCCAAAUUUUCAAUGACUGUCUACGAAAUGAAGUCUCGACCCUGAAAGUUUCUGCGCUUAGCGAUUCCGCGGUCAAUAAGGUAGCAAAUGCACUCACUCUACAGCUAAUGAUCAAGGUCAAUGAUAUGCUGCGGGAAGAGGACCGAAUACCGGUACACUUUGUGCUAGCAACUGUGAAUGCUCGUCGUCGGGGUCUAGUGAGCCGAAACGAGGUCAAUCUUCUCGAAAAGGUCUUGGUGUAUUUGAAUGAAAACCAGUCAGAAGAGUUAAAUACGACCACUAUUCUUUCUCAAUUGGACAGCUGGCCAGAUUUGCAUGAAUUCCUGACUACUGCUACACACAAUGCAGAAUGCGCUGCAUAUGACUUUUUUGAAACUACUUCGUCUACCAACGUUUGGAGUCGUCGGCUCUCUAAUAUGGAGAAAUUUGUCGCUACCCUGAUUAAUCGUCCGGAUAUGCUAAAACCAGUCCUUGUCAAUAUGUUGACGAGCUAUGGCUUGCUUGUAGAAGACAGUAGUAGCGAUCAGUUCAUGCGUCUGCAAGGGAACCAUUCCAUCGUCCUGAUUGUGACCGAUGAAUUGGCCGAUACACAUCGUCUGGUGGUCCAGGGCUGUGAAGAUUACGAAGGGACACAGAUACAGAUAACUAUAAUGACAGAAGAAGAUAAGCGUGGUGACAAGUGGAAAGACAAGGUCUCUCACGCUGCGGGAAACGGAGAUUGGCUGGUUAUUCACGCCGAUGCGUACUGGAUUGGCCAAUUGAAGGCUAUAAUUUACAUGGUGCAGAAAUCUGCUGCCAGCUUUCGGAUGUGGUUCCUCUGCCCGGCGUUUGUACAGGAAAGGCUCCCUGCGGAUGUGCCAACCCUUGUUCGUGUUUGCUUUCACGAGAAAAAUCUAUCAUUUCGGCACCUCGCAAAGCAUUUCUGCAAGCACUAUAUAGUUCGCGACAACAAGCAACCUCUCCCUGUUGAUCGUUUAUAUUAUUCCGUCAUUUAUGGACAUGUCGGGCUCGUGGUGACAGCGAGAAGGCCCGAAACGAUGUUCUCCAAAAUCGUUUACUUUAACGAUGUAGAUUUUGACCUAUCGAUCACGAUAAUUGCAGAAGCCAGGAACAGGGGUUUACCACCGGCUAUAUCCGAAACAUUGCUAUUGGAGUCGGUGUAUCUGAAGGAGGCGGCACCUAGGUAUCAGAAGAAGCGCGUAGAAAGCGUCCGAUCGUCCGUGCUUGCCAUUUUGGAUGAGUACGUUAAACCAUCAGAACUCGACGUGGUCAACUAUGAAAACUUCGAGAAAAGCUUUGACAAUGAUCAGCACCUAUCUGCGCAAGAGUCCUUAGAUUCAAAAAUCGGCGCAGGCACGAUCAAUUGCCAGCGGCUACGGAAGAGGGUAUCUGAGAAGCUGCAGCUGCUGCUCGACUGUCCAUGCGGCCCUGCGCUACACGCCAGUGAAGCUUCCCUUUCUUCCCUUUCGAUGCUGGAUAAAGACUUCCUAAGUAAAAUAGGAAGAUUUUGGAGGACCUUACCUAGACUGCCGAGUGUUCGCCAUCUUUAUGAGUCAGCCUCCAGAGUUCAAAAUGGACGGACACUCUUACUGAGAGAAGCGGGGCGCUACAAUCUUGUCUUCCGCCGCGUGAAACAAGGGCUAGAUGCAAUCCUUAGUGGAUGCGAUACGUACGAAAGUCGGCACAUUUUGAAAAUUCUGACAGCUCGUCGAAUACCCCACUCAUGGUGUUUGGCACCCAAACAUCUAGAGUACGAGAUUUCAUCAUAUUUUCAAGAGCUUGGAAUUGCUGCACAAUUCCUCUCAGGAUGUACCAUCUCGAAUCCACUGCAGUUCGUCAGCGUGAAGCUACCCAUAUCAGUGACACAAGUGGUGCAUGCUGCCAUGAUGGGUUAUUGUAACACGCAUGCGGUUCCACUCGAGAGAGUCAAAAGCUGUCUAGAAUUCCACGUGGGCUCUAACGAAAUGAACUGCCUGCAAGCGAAGGAUACUCUCUCCGAGUCCUCGUACAUACUGACAGAUCUACUGUUAAGGAACGUAAGGAUCCAGAAUGAAGCUAUUGAAGCUAUAGCUCUUGGGUGCUCGUCAAUCCUUCCCCCGUUGGUAUUGCGAUUGUAUGUGAAAAAUGAAGGACCCCUGACUACUGGAGCCGGUGAACCCCCAGCGACCAAUAUGAUGAGUGAAUAUGAAAUCAGUGUGCCUGCGCAGGUGAUCAGCGACUCAUCUGCCGUACACCUGGACAGUCCGGAUAAUAGCCUACCUGAUCUAUCCUUGCGUACGCGAGUUUCUCCUUCAGAAUUGUAUUUGCAUGGCGUGACUGCCUUGUGUUCCUCGGAGCCGUUCAGUAUCGCCGAUCUUGAGCAUUUAAGCGAGCUGAAUUGGGGGAAAAGUUCUUUCCAUGCCUCCUCCGCUGGCAGUGCACCCACCUUUACCCGCUACGUCACUGUCUACUUGUGCUCCACACCAGACACUUACAACGAACGAGAAUAUUUUUACAGUAACAUACUACCUCAGCUUCAACAUAAAAUGUUGCGCAAACAUAUUCUGCUACACGUCGUGGAUUUCCGUGCUGGGCACCCAAGUGCCCGUGUUAGUGAAAGUGAUUAUGUUCAAGCAAGUAGAUGGCAAAUUCGACGUGCAGACAUCUUCUUAUCAAUUAUUGGCUCGAAACUCGGCGAUUCUUCUCCCGACAGGAGUCUUGAAGUUCAGGGCACGAUGCAAGCGCACUCAAAAUUGUGGGAAAUUGAAAUCGACUGUGCUCUAGAGCUACCUGUCCAGAAUAGUUCGUUCAUAUUUUAUUUCCGCGAUGCCGCUUUCACCCGCUCUGUCCCAAAAAGCUUCCGAUCGCUGUACGAACCAGAAAACUCAAGAGCCAUAGAACGGGUUGAGAAACUGAAGCAGCAACUUUCAGAGUCCAGGUGUCCAGUUCACAUUUAUCAAAGCUAUUUCUCCCGGAUCGAAGAUCGAAGAGUCAAAAUGGGCGGUCUGGAAGUCUGGGGUUUACAAGUAGCCAAAGACAUCGCACAAUGCAUAGACUUGCGAGACUUCAGUUCUCUGCCCAUUGCUCCCGUCAGCAAUCUGACCGAUUUUUCUGGACGAUCAGAGGUACUGGAACAUGUCCGCCGAGCCUUCCUAUCAAUAAACAACAAUCCAGCGGCAGAGGGCGAGGUACCAAUGGAGAACACCUUGCUCCUCCAUGGCGAAAGCGGCAUGGGAAAAACUACUCUUCUAGGCAAGAUAUGCUCCGAGUUUCAAGCGAAUGGUUUUCUUGUUUUGACAAAUUUUGUGCGAACGUGGUAUGGAUCCUUUGACAUCAGCCAAAUGCUUCGACGAUUUCAAACACAAUUGUCAAAACACUUGGAGGCAGAAAGGAUUGAUAUUGGGACCGGUACCUCGGAGCAGAAUAUAUUAGGUUUUGCCACAAAGCUGAAGAAGGUCGCCAAGCUAGGAACAAACGUGCUUAUCAUUGUGGACGGGGUCGACCGCCUAAGCAUUUUGGGAAGCAAAAAACAGCAUGAUUUCAGUUGGCUUCCAUCCAUUGCGGAUGUCGAUAACCAAACUCUGUUGCGAGUACGCUGGUUAUUCAGUGCUGCUGACGAGAAGGUCCUUCCUGCCCUAAGAAAGAGACAUCCUGACACGAAAAGCUGGAAACUCGGAGGUUUGACUAAUCAGGAGCAGAAGGACAUCCUGAGGAUGCAAUGCCUUCGUAUGAACAUAGAUGUGGAACACCGGCAGGUUCAAAGUAUUCUUGCCAAGAUGAAUCUUUCCAAGCCAUUGUAUCUUGCAUUGCUACUCAAAAAAAUCAAGCGCACUGAAUUUGGCCGCACUUUCUCAAAUCUGGACAUACCGGUUGACGUUGCGUCCAUGUUUGACCAAAUGUUGAACGAAUUCGAGCAGAUCCAUGGUCGAGAUGUCAUUGCUGGUACGCUCACUGCAAUCGCCAGUUCUCGCUCGGGGCUACGAGAAGUCGAAAUAAUUGAGCUGUUGAAACUCCCAUUCUUGGACUGGAAUCUCAUUUAUGAAUCUCUGAAAGAUCUUCUUGCCGAAACAGAGUCGGGGCAUUUGAUUCCUUUCCACGAAGAGUUCACGACGGCCAUCAAAAAGCGAUAUAUCAGAAGCUCAGCCGACGUGACCCAUCAGCAUCGCCUUCUUGCAAUGUUUUACGCAUCUACCUGCAUAACGGUAUCCGCUGGACAGCAGCAGUGGCGAAAGUAUGACUCUCAUCGGGCAGUGGAUAUUGUUCACCAUCAGUUAACGGCUGGAUUUUCUCCUCAUGAAACUGCGCGAGUACUUUGUAAUCUGGGUUUCAUUGAAAGCGCGUUUGUUGCAGGUGUUGGAUAUGAGGUUGUCGGCUUCAUCGCAGAGGUUCUCAAGCGAGCCCAGACGGAGAGCGACAAUGAGCUGAUUACCCGACUGGGUGACUACAACCUGUUCGUCGAGACGUAUGGGCACUAUCUUCGCCAAUAUCCCAAAAUGUGUUUUACGUUGGCCUAUAAUCUCCCAAAAGGAGCCUGCCCUAGCGUGCGACAGGAUGCUCGGUCACGCAACAACAGAGCGCACGGCGACAGCCUGCUCGAAUGUAUUACGCCUUCCGAAUCACAUGCUGAGUCCAUUAUAGUGGCAACGGAAGCUACGAAGCUGAUAGCAGUUACCGUACAAGUACAGAAAGCCAUUGGACGAUGCUGCCUGACCGUGACAGACGAGGGCACAGUCAAAGCGUGGGACAUCGAUUCUUACGUGUUGACCGAAGUGCUACUUCAGUCACCCUUUCCGGCAGCUUCAGCUGUUGCGUGCUGCUUCAGUCUGAAUGGUGCUGAAAGGGUCGCCAUUGCCUUACGCAAUAAGGACAUUUGCUUGUACAACCUGUCAAAUGGCAAAAUGAUUGCCUUCGUAGAAUCUUCCUAUAGGGGAGGGGCCAUAUUUUUCUCUGAGAGUCUUGAGAGCAUCUGGCAAUCCGGUGAACACACGCAGCUCGAGUGCAUCGACUUCGAUGCUGAAGCGCCCAAUAAGUCUGCACCUCGAUCAGAUCGUGGAGAUGACGUGUUGAGUGUGUUGGACGCGGAUAUGCCUCCUACUCAAACAAAAGGCACCUCUGAUGCAGUUAUCGCUCACUCCAUCGACGGGCAUAGGAUAGCCACGUAUUCGCGCCGAAAUAAAGGCAUUAUUGUCUUCAACGCGGUCAAGAUGCGGGAAAUAUGUCGGUUCAACGAGGAACUUACGUCGGCAACAUCUGUAGGAGCAUUCUCCCUCGGGCGAGAUUUAUUGGCGGUAACGCGCAUCGACGGUGGAAUCAUGAUAUGGCGAAUUGACAAUCACUCUCGAUGCGCAUUGAUUCACACCCCCUCUGACACACCCAUCCAAUGCCUCAGUUUCUCCGCGGAUGAAACUCUGCUUUUCUGCGGAACACCGCUCGGUGUGAUCACCGUCGCAGAGGUCGAAACGGGACGCUGGAUUAAGCGGGUGAAUACAGGUGCAUCGUGCUUAACGAACAUGUGUACCGCCACCUCUCGGGGAAGGGAACGGUUUCUCUUAUCGAGUGAAAACCAACUGCUUGUGUGCAACACACAUAGUUGGAAGAAUGAAGGAAAGAUCGUGCCACUCAUGUCUGUGUCCGAUCCUCAUCACACAAAGGCUGUUUCGCAUCUGGACUUCACUCGCGGCAAUAGCGCCAAUAGCGGUUUAAGCUUGAUAUCAUCUUCCAAUGACAAGACCUACAUCAUCUGGUCUAUCGAUGCAAACUUUACCCAGGUCCGUCCUAUUACUCAAACCACGUUACCCGACCAACCAAACUCUGUCCACGUUUCAAAGAUGGAAAACUAUAUAGCAAGUGCCUGUGGGAAUCUAGGCAUUGUCUUCGAUCUUCACAAUCAUAAAGAAUCUCUGCGCAUUCUACACUCAAGUCGCCUCCGUCGAGUUACCCUCAGCCGUCUGAAAACAGAGCACCAUGGUCUGUGCUUGUACACUUGGGGAGUCCACGACACAUUUACUGCUUGGCAACUACUCCGGCGAGCAGACCGUUCACUAACAUACCACCAAACACCUCUCUUUCAGCGUCACUGCACAUCUCUGCCGUCCCGCCUAUUCUCUCCGGAUGGCACACGAAUAGCCAUGGCAAACGGAAAUUGCGUUUAUAUGGUAGAUCCGCAUACCGGGCACGAUCUUCAGACAUUUGAAACCUGGGAAGGAGAACGUGUUCAAGAUUUGUGCUGGUCCGCUUCGCAUCAAAUUAUCUACUGCUCUGCAUCGAGUGUGUGGGUCAAUGGCGAAAUCUGGUCUUCUGGUGGUUCAGAGGGAGAUAACAUACAGAUACAAGAGUGCCGAUCGCAUAAGCUAGGGAAAUUAUUCGCAUACUCUGCUGUAGAAAUGGAGGAGCAAGGCGAUAUCGUGAAUCACACAUCCUCCCAAGAUGUCGGCAUUAUCGUUGUCAUGCGACUAGAUAAACCAUGGAGGCAUUGUUCGCUUCGUCACGAAUCAGGUCGAAUUGUCUUAUGGAGCUUUAUGGACAAUCCCCGAUAUAUUAUCACUAUUGCAGCGGAUCACAUAAUGAGGGUUUGGGAUAUUGGGCUGGCUUCAGAGGUGGAUAGUCAGCCUGAUCAUAAUGGCAAGAACUUUGUUAGGCAAGCGAGGGCUAACGGAGAAGUAUGUGCCAUGGUCCCGCUUGCCAGUCAGCCUACCUCCUUGGCGGUUGGCGCCAACCAAAGGUCUAUUGUCGUUGGAACCGUGGAUGGUCUAGUUCUGGUAUAUCUCAUUCGAACGCCUCAUUAAACUUUUUUGUUUGUAUAUUGCAAAGUUUUUGUACAAUACAUUGUAAAUAAGGACCUUUGACAG